AUGUCUGAAGCUGAUAAUUAUAAGAAUGCUCUUGUAGCUUCGCUUUUUGAACUUGCUAAUGCUGCUCAGAACACCGCGUCUGCCACCGUGAACUUGGUCAACCAUUACAAGUUGGCCAGCACCGGCGAGUCGGCCGACGCUUUGGCCACUUUGGCUGAAACCUUGGCCAGUGUGAAAGGUGCCACGGCCUCUGCGCUUGAAUCCAAGCCGUUGACUAAUGCCCCUGCUGCUGCUGCUGCCAAUGGCCAACCACCGAAGAAGAAGGCCAAGGUUGAAAAAGACCCAAAUGCUCCCAAGAAACCAUUGACCAUGUACUUUGCGUACUCGUUUGAUAUCAGAGAACGCAUCAAGGAAGAACGCAAAAAGAAGAAUUUGGAACCUUUGAGUGCGGUUGACAUGAAUGGCAUCAUCAGAGAUAAAUGGGCCUCGAUUACUCCAGAAGAAAAGGAGAAAUGGCAAAAGAAGUACCAGGACGAGUACAUUGUUUACCAAAAGGCCAAAGAUGCUUAUGACGCCAAAAAGAAACUCGAGCCAUCGCAAGCAUCCCAAGAGGUUCCAGCGGAAGAUUCAAGCGAAUCCGGCCCUGAAGAGGUUGCACCAACUCCUGCUAAAUCUUCUAAAUCCUCGUCAAAGCCACAAUUACAAGAAAUCCCCGAUGAAGACUCCACCGAACAUAAAAAAUCUAAGAAGAAGAGUGAUAAAAAACAUAAAAAAUCAAAGAAAUGA